GGUGCAACCGUAUAAACGUGCGGGCAGCGGCCGGGCGCCCGCGCUGCGCUCCGAGGGGCGACCUCUCAGCACCGCGGCCGAGGACAUGGCUCCGCCCGGGUCCUUAACCCUUGUCCGCCGCUUCUGGAUUUCGACAUCAGUCUCUCUGUCUCUGUCUCUCUCCACUUUCCUGUAAGACAGGGGGAGAAUCACCUUGGGCACCUCUGGGUUGGUUUGUUUUUCUUCUGUCUUUCAGGAUCCCGGGCGGAGAGCGCCAGCGAGGAGGGCCAGAUGCCGGCGGAGGCGGGGCAGCAGGCGGACGGCGCGUGUUCCCACGGGAUGAAGCUAGGCUGGGACAUCAACGACCCGCAGAUGCCUCGGGUGCGUGAAACCCCCGCGCGCGCGGCUCUGUCCAUCCAAGGAGGAGGGAUGUCCUUGCAGAGACUGUGGACAGACCUCACCUCCACCCCCAAACACACACCCCUGAGAGUCCUCCAGUGUACAGGGACUCCACAGAUGGCAGAGCUGGGUUCAGAGAUGUGUCUUCUCCCAGCUCUUACCUCGCGCUCGUUAGAAAACACAGCGAAAGCAACAGGAACUGUCAAUCAGGCUCCAAGUUCCAGGUCAUCUGGCGGGAGCCGGACACCUCGUCCUUCACUUUCUUUUAACCGAGGUGGAAAUCCGCUGAGUCUCUCCUUAUCCAUUAUUUGCCAUCCACGAGAAAGCAGGACUUGGGCCAUCAGACGCCUGCCCCGGCUGCCUGGAUGAAGCACAGCUCCUGGGGGGCCUCUAUAGUCAUGCCAACCAGGGCACAGGCGCCCGGAGAGCCCCUGGAAUCCGGCUUUUGGACGCAACUUCUGAGAUUACUUCUCUAAUGACAAGGAAAUCACCAUCAUCCGUUUAGGGUGAAUUUGUUUUAUUUUGUUUUGUUUUAACCGAACGAAGGGGUUUGGAGCCUAGUACAGGGAAUGAGCUGGGCAGUUAUAACUGGUCAUACUGGUUUGGGGCAAAAACUGAAAAGUGACUUUAAAGUCCUGGGUGUAGGUGGAGGGAGAGUUAGGAGCGACCUGGGAAGCAUUCGCAAAGGUGGAUUCCUGGCAAUACUGUGGUAUAGGGGUAAGAGACUUGGCCUUUAUUCAGCAUCUACUGUGUGCCGCGUAUAACAAUUCAUUAGCAAGGGUGUCUAGCCUCUCAAAGAGAUCAGUACUUUUGGGGAUGUACGUAUUUGCAGUAAGUUUGUUUAUCUUCAAGUCUGCCUACUUUAGAGUCACACUGUGCUAUUUUUGUGAAAGUGGACCACAGUACAGAAAGGGCAUCUCAUUCUCACUGACUUCUGUCCGCAUACAUCUUCAUAGGGAAAAAAAUCUAAUCUUGCAUUUUAGAAAAGAGCCGCAUCCAAAUAAGGGAAGGAUGGUUCCUCUCACGAGUAUUAUUCUAGACUUCCCAUGUAAAUGUGAAUAAUUUUUCCUCUGGGAGAUUGGUUGUUAAACAGAGAGAACGUGUGUGUGUGUGUGUGUGUGUGUGACAUCUCAAAAGAGGCAGGUGCACUGGGCUAUAGAAGGAGAACUGGAGAAAGAGGAUCCUAGCCCUGCUCUGGCUAACCAAAGGAGGAAGCGCUAAACUAACUGUACGACCUUGAGACAGUUCCUGAAUUUGCCUUAGUCUCAGGUUGCUCACCUGUCAUCAAGCCGUGGAAUUAGAUAACAAUCUUAAAUUGUCGUCCAGAUCUACUGUCAUGUUCAGUGUGUGCACGCUUGUCUGUAUGACCACAUGUGCUCCCCUGCACCAAGACAUUAGAGCAAAUGAAACCCAAUCUAGGAGUCCUCCAUUCUUGUUUUGAUUUUAAAAUGCAGUCUCUGUGUCUUCCUUUUCAGUGUCACUACUUUGGUAGUGGGGGUCUAGUCUGUACCCUUGCAGGGGAGUGCGAACAAAACAUUUUCUUCUGGAAAACUGUCUAUUUGUUACUAAGGUCCUUAAAUUGAAAUAUUCACUUUAAAAACAAAGAUAUAGCAUUUAGCAUAAACUUAGAGUUGAUAGCACAUCAUUAUGUAUUUCAUUUGUGAUGCACCUUAAGUUAAUGUAUUGAUUUAUGUCAAUUAUAUUUCUGAGAAAAGAUAAAUAAUGCCUAUUAGUAAUAAUAAUGAUUUCAACAAUAUCUCUGCGGUUUUGGAAACAAAAUUGCCCAUUUACCUAUUACUGUUAGAAUGUACAAUACUAACGUGGUACACAAGUCUGAAUUGUCCAACUAAGAAUACUUUUGCUUUGCAGAUGUUGGAUCUAAUUAUCCUGGGCUGGGGGAAGGGAGAGAAGGUGUAAAUGGCUUAUUACUGCGAUAAUAGUUUACUGAGCCUCUAUCACACCAGGAAGGUCAGUGGGGCCUGGCUGCCACAGAUCUUCUCUUUAAACCCCAGCUCUGCCACUGGAGAAGGUUAUCCAUCUAAUGUCCACUUCCUUAUCUAUUAAAUAAGAGGAAGGAUGGAUGCUUAGGAGGCAAAGUUGUUGUGAGGAUUGUAGGUACUGCAUAAUGUGGCCUUAUGGGCCAUACUGUCUCUGUCCCAAAUACUCAACUCUGCACUGUAGUGUGAAAACAGCCACAGACCAUACAUAGACAAAUGUACAUGGCCAUGUCCCAUUACAACUUUAUUUAUGGAUACCGAAGUUUGAAUUUCAUACGAUUUUCGUGUGUCACAAAAUGUAAUUCUUCUGAUUUUCCCCCCAACCAUUAAAAAAUAUAAAAAUCAUUCUUAGUUUGUGGGCUGUACAAGUGGCAAGCUGGAUUCGGCCCAUGGUCCCUAGUUUGUACAGGAACCAUAUUGCAGUAUAAAUAAUGCAUAAUAUGGACAAAGGACCACCAAACGUGAACAGUAAAGCAGUGCUCAGUAUCUUAUAUAUAACAUUAUUUUAGCCAUGCAGUUCUUUGUGUAGUAGAAUGACGAUCCGUAUUGCUCUGGGAAGAGGUUAGCUUAACAGGCUCCACCAAAUGCUCGGGUUAACCCUAUGGUUAGGCUGUCAUCAUAACACCCUUGUAAACCUGGAGGGCUAAUUUGGGAAACUGUUCAUGUCUCUCUGAUGUUGUGCUGGGUAUCAAGCCAAGAGCUUUUGAAGAAAAAGCACUGGAUGGAAGUAAAGAUAUUUACAGGCUCAACUGUAUGUCAGUGAUGGAACUUUCCAAUCACUUUUUGCCCUGGUGCUUUACUGCUUAACUGGAAAAUAUCUGUAACAUUUAAAUACACCAAGAAGUGAUAUAACAUAGUGGUAAGGAGAAUAGGCUCUGGAGUCAAACUGUGAGGGCUCAAAUCCUAGAGCCAAGUCUUACUAGCUGUGUGACCUUGGGCAAGUCAAUGAAGCUCUCUGGUCUCCAUUUACUAUUCUAUUAAAUGGGGAUAAUAAUAGUACCUAUGGUCUGUAUGCAGUAUGAAGGCUAGAUGAACGAAUACAUGUACAGCUUUUUAGAAGAUAAGCACUAUGUAAGCAUCAAUUUAUAGCCAGUUGUCAGAAGGGCAUACACAGGAUGAGUGACAUUUUCUAAGACCAUAGUUUCUGGAAUUAAAAAGACUCAGUUUUUAUCCUAACGUGCUUGGGGAAGAUAAAAACCGUGCUGUCUGUGGUUCGGGCUUGAUAAACUUGACUACCCGUCCCUCUGGGCGCCUUCCCAGGAGCCGGCCCACUUCGACCGCUUCUGCGAGUGGCCCGACGGCUACGUGCGCUUCAUCUACCGCAGCGACGAGAAGCAGGCGCAGCGCCAUCUGAGCGGCUGGGCCAUGCGGAACACCAACAACCACAACGGCCACAUCCUCAAGAAGUCGUGCCUGGGCGUGGUGGUGUGUGCGCGGGACUGCGCCCUGCCCGGCGGCUCCCGUCUGCAGCUGCGGCCUGCCAUCUGCGACAAGGCCAGGCUGAAGCAGCAGAAGAAGGCAUGCCCCAACUGUCAUGCUGCUUUGGAAUUGAUCCCCUGUCGAGGGCACAGUGGGUACCCUGUAACCAACUUUUGGCGGCUUGAUGGCAACGCAAUAUUUUUUCAGGCCAAGGGAGUUCAUGAUCACCCAAGACCAGAGAGUAAAUCAGAGACAGAAGCUAGAAGAAGUGCUAUCAAGAGACAAAUGGCUUCUUUUUACCAACCCCAGAAAAAGAGAAUUCGAGAACCCGAGGCAGGAGAGAAUCAAGAUAACGGUGGCCAUUUCAGCAACAUACCUUCCCUGGAAAACCCAGAGGAGUUUGAUAUAAUUCCUGACACUGGCUUCCCUGUUCCAGGGCAGCCUUGCUUUUCCUUUCCAAACUCGGAUGCUUACAAAGCUACCUGUGACCUAGCUGCCUUUCAAGGAGAUGUAGUACCACCCUUUCAGAAAUAUCCAAACCCAAGAAUCUUUUUGCCUAGGCCACCCUGCAGCUAUGAAUUGGCAGGCCCUGGUUACACAAAUUCAGGCCCGUAUCCCACCCUUUAUAAAGAUGCCAGCAGUAUUCCUGAUGACACAGACUGGGUUCAUCUGAAUGCACUGCAAUACAACAUCAACUCCUACGGCAGCUUUGAGAGAAGCUUUGAUUUCACCAGUAAACAGCCUGGCUGGAAACCAGCUCUUGGAAAAGCUGACCUUGGGGAGAGCACUGACCAUGGACAGUUCCAGGCCGUGGCCACUCGCCCUUAUUACAACCCAGAGCUUCCCUGCAGGUACCUCACGACGGCCCCACCAGCUGCUCCAGCCCUACAGACAGUAAUCACCACCACCACCAAAGUGUCCUACCAGGCCUACCAGCCCCCUGCUCUGAAAUGCUGUGACAAUGUGCGGGAAGUUAAGAGCCUUUCUGGCUGUAACUAUGAUACUGAAAACACCCAAAUGUCCAUCUACCCGGAAGACUUGGACCUUCCAGCUACUGUCGCCAUGGCAGCCUCUCCAACAGCAUCACUUCCUUUGAAAAUUCCUGGAGAUUGCCGGGCCAUCAGACACACUUUGCCUUUUCCUCAAGACUCAGCACCCUCCUGGACAGACGGAGCAGAGACAUGGGAUGUGUGUCCAUCUGGACUGGGGUCUACAAUUGGUUAUUCAGGGAGAAUCAGUCCGUUCUUUAGCUAUGACCAUGAGGACUUUUGAACAACAGUCCUGGGGCACAGCAUAAGAUUGGUCUCCAUGCAGGCAGUAGAACAUGACAUGGCAACUCUCUCUUAAGUUGGGAGAUUCAUUUAGCAUGCAAAGAAAUAUAUAUAUUAUAUAUGUAUAUAUAUAAUAGUAAAACCAAUUAUCAGUGGAGUAAAUUAUAGGUUGGAAAUGUUUAGAUAAUAUAGGGAAAUCUUGCACAGCAUUUUACUUACUUUUUUUUUUUUUUUUCUGCCAUGCCACUCGGCUUGUGGGACCUUAGUUACCAGACCAGAGAUUGAACCCGGGCCCCCUGCAGUGGAAGCGCGGAGUCCUUACCGCUGGACCGCCAGGGAAGUCCCUGCACGGCAUUUUUAAACCCAUUACAGCACAUAGAAUUAGGUCUGGAAUGAGACUGUUCCAAAUGAACAAAUAAGCAUGAAAGUUAAUGAGCUAAGUAAGUCCAUUUAGUUUGUUAGCUGGAGUAGAAGUCAAGAAUCCUGGUUCUCACUCCAAGCCUUUCCCCAUUGGAUCAUAUUAAGGAAUUUCACAAAUCUCUCUUCCGCCCUUAGGGGUUGUCAAAAUAGCUUCGGGAAGAAAUCUUUACAAUCUUAGCUCCUGAGUCAUUUCAUAAGAUUUUAUUUAGCAUUUACAACCUGUUAAAAUAACUUCAGGAAGUAAUUUUGAUCAUUUUACCUGCAAAGUAUAUAUCUAUAGCUUUUUAAGAAAUCUACCGUGUUGCAAUGAUAAAGUGCAGUUGUUUUUAAGAGAAUUUUGUUUUCCAGUAUCAGCUGAAUACCUUUUCUUAACAUUUAUGAAUGUUUUCCUAACAGAGACAGCCUAACACUGAUGAUAUGUAUUUAAUGCAUUUUUAUUGUACUAUAAUAUACAUUUUUUCCAGUUAGGUUUCAAAAUUAGAAUAGAGAUGUUUUAUUCAAAUUUAGCUUUACUGUUCCUUUGUUACUCCUCAUAAAUGUAAUUGAUAA